GUGUGGUCUGAAGUGUUUCUGAUUAUAGUGGCCGUGGGAAGGAGGAAGAUAGUGUCAUACAGUGAGACCCCGGCAACAGGCAGGGAAUAAAGGGCAAGAAUAGAAGACAAAAAAACAGCGCAACUAUUCUUAAACAUCUCUACGCUGCUCUUUCACUACAGUUUCUAUGUAUUUGAAGUGACACGGGUUGUUAAUAAGAAGGCAAGAUGAGGGCUUUUCUUCUAAUCUUGCUCGUGGGGGCGACACUACUGAAGGUGGCGGCGACGGAGGAAGCGAAGGUGGCGGCGACGGAGGAGAAGGUGGAGGAGAAGAAGGAGCAGGAAGUGCAGGAGAUUAUAGUGGAGGUGGAGAGGCCGACUAGGGAGUAUAAGAAGAAGGAAAAAGAGGAGGUAGAGCAGGAGGCAGGGCCCAUAGAGAGGGAUGAAGAUGGAGAGGUGCCCGUGAUAAUGACGUCCACGGGAAAGGUGUCUGGUAUUCGCGAAAGGUCAACGGAAGGAAAGGCGUUCUUCUCCUACUACUCCAUUCCCUACGCCAAGCCACCCAUCGGGGAACUGCGCUUCAAGGAUCCCCAGCUGCUCUCCGGGUGGGGCGGCGUGCGGGACGGAUCCACACCUCCACCACCCUGCCCCCAGAUGCUCUCCACAGACACACUCACAGGGAAACAGGAGAUACAGGGCGACGAGGACUGCCUUUACCUCAACAUCUUCACUCCCAAGGCUAAGGACUCGCGGCCGCACCUGCCCGUCAUGGUGUACAUCCACGGCGGAGGUUUUGUCUGCGGCUCCACGUCAGAGUACCCUCCCUACCCGCUGCUCAAUGAGGACGUGGUCAUCGUCACCUUGCAGUACCGCCUCGGCAUCCUUGGCUUCCUCUCCACCGAAGACGACGUGAUUACCGGCAACAUGGGGCUCAAGGACCAGACCCUCGCGCUCUCCUGGAUACAGAGGAACGUGCACAAAUUCGGAGGAGACCCGCUCAGCAUCACACUGUUCGAGAGUGCUGGGGCCGCCUCCGUGCACUUCCAGAUCCUCACGCCUAAAUCUAUCGGCAUGUUCAAGCGAGCUAUCCUACACUCCGGGAGCGCACUGUGUCCGUGGGCGAUGGGAGCCAAACACGCCGCUGUGGCAGAGUAUGCGGGGGUGGUGUUCAACUGCACCAUUGACGAGGGCAGCGAGAAGCUCAUCGAGUGUCUGCAGGGAGUGGACGCCUUGAAGCUUGCAGGCAUCCCUCAACACCUCACCGAGUGGCUCUUCUUCCCGCUACUUAUGGGCCCGAGAGUGGACGGCCAGUACCUGCCCAAGCACCCCAACUUCCUGAUGAAGGAGGGACGACACAAGCGAGUGGACCUCAUGACCGGCAUCACGAGGGACGAGGGCGCCUUGUUCAGCCUCAUGAUGUACGCUAAUGAGAUGGAACGCUCCAAACUGGCUUAUGACUUCGUGAGGAAAGGCCCCUUCAGUUUGGAGUUCCGCCCGGAUGACAUCGCGCCGCUCAACCAGACUGUCAUGAUCUUCGACCGCUAUCUUGGAGGACUCAACUUCGACGCCCAGCACUCUGAUAACCUGACCAAAAUGCUCUCCGAUCGCCACUUCAACGUGCCUCAUGACCUCACCUCCCAGCUGUACCACGCCUCCGUCUCGCCCUUCAAGAACUGCACCUACCGAUACGAGUUUAAGCACAAGGGCGGCCGCUCAAUGACUGACAUAUUCAAUCUUGAUAUCGGCAGGCACUGGAUUCCUCACGUGGACGAGCUGUUCUACCUGUUCGAAGGAGGACCAAUCUUCCAGCCACUUGAAUCAGAGGCAGACCUGAAGAUGAGAAAAAUUAUGCUGAAACUGUGGACUAACUUUGCAGCUACAGGGAACCCGACGCCUGACGACUCCCUGGGCUUCAAGUGGGAGGCGAUGAAGAAGGACGACUUGAGCUACCUCGCCCUUCAGACUGAGCCCAAGAUGGAGGAGGACCAAAGACAGGAGGUGCGAGACUUCUGGUACUCGCUCCCACUCGCCCAGAAUCUGUUCAUCCACCCAGAACGUGUCCCUAACUUGGUGUACACCCCUACUGAAGAGGAAACAAUAGCUGAAGACACCACAGAGACACCCACUGACAGAGACACCGCCACCAUCACCACCGCCCCAGUUGAGGAUGUCCUAGAGCCGCCCAAGGACACCGGCAAGGAUAAAGACGAGCUGUGAGUUGUUGGUGUAAUAUUUGGCUUAAAUUUUGAAGGAGUGGUGGUGUAGUUUGAAUAAAUUAAUGUUUGUUUU